UGCAGCAUGUAGUGGGGAGAGAGAAUGUGAAGCUGUAGUUUGACACCAUGUCUGUGUUUCAGUAUAAUCGUGUGGACUUCUUCUUCACUUGUCUUGGCCUGGUGUUCCUGCUGCUUGACAUCGGGCUGGACAUUGUUGCGGCUGUUUCUUUCUACCAGGAAAAGGCGUACGUGAGCCUCAGCAUACUGCUGCUGUUCCUGGUGGGCUCGUCGGUCCUGGUCCAGGCCUACAGCUGGCUCUGGUACAGCUACGAGGACUUUGAGAGGCAGACAAAGGUGGAGAGAUGCCUGACCCUGAGUCAGCUCCGGCUGCUGCACUGGCUCCAGCUGGGAAUCUACUUCAGACAUGCAGGUGUUGUGGAGGUUUCCAUUCGCAGCUUCUGCACUAAGAUGACUGAGGGCUGCGCCGUGUACCUGAGUCACGACCUCAGCAUGCUGCGGCUCAUCGAGACGUUUUCAGAGAGCUCCCCUCAGCUUGUCCUCAUGCUCACCAUCAUCCUGCAGCGAGGAGAGCUCGACCCUGUCACAGUGUUGAAGGCCUUCGGUUCGGCCUCGGCCAUCGCCUUCAGUGUGACCACGUACCACCGCUCCCUGCGCUCCUUCCUGCCUGAGAAGGAGAAGCAGCAGAUCGUCUCCUCUGUGAUCUACUUCCUGUGGAACCUGUUGCUCAUCUCCUCCCGCCUCACCUCCCUCGCCCUCUUCGCCUCCGUGCUGCCCUGCUUCAUGUUCGCCCACUUCUUCUGCUCGUGGCUGCUCUUGUUGUUCUUCGUGUGGCACUGUGAAACGGACUUUAUGGACAGUCCUGUGGGGGAGUGGCUGUACCGAGCCACCGUGGGUCUGAUCUGGUAUUUCAACUGGUUUAACGUGGUGGAGGGGAAGACCAGGUUCAGGACUCUGCUCUACCACGGCUUCAUCGUGGCUGAUGUUUCCCUCCUCUGCGGCCUGUGGUGCUGGAGGAUGAACACAGAGGAGCUUUAUUUUGAAAUCCCACUCCUGUACACUGUAAUCACUGCGGUCAGUGUAGUUUCCACCUACCUCUUCGGCCUCUUACUAAAAAUCAUAUAUUAUAAAUGUUACCACCCGAACCUGAGCAAAGAGCAGCUGAAAGGAGUCACGCCUGAGGAGGAGCUGGCGAGGAGUUCGCCGCUCUCUGGAGACGAGGUAGACUCUAGUUUGGUGUCGGGGCGCAGCUUUCCCAGUCCACCGGCCCCCGACCUCAAACACAACAAGAGGAUGAGGAAGCUGGCCAAGAACUUCUACUCCUGACCUCCGUCACCCGACCUUCGUCACCUGACAUCCAUCACCUGACCUCCACAGGACAUGGAGGUCAGACAGACGUCCAUCAUCAUGAUCAUGUGACCUGCUCAUUGAUACAGUCUUACCACACACUACUGAGAUCUCUUUAUUCUCAUAGGCACUUUCUGAAAAUGGAGGAGCAGUGACGUCACAGCAACAGUAAUAAUUUCAUAUUUUAACAGACAUUAAAAAAAGGAAUUAUUAAUAAAGGAUCGAUUAACCAUCAAUAAAUAUGUCACAAAAACAGCAUAAAAACAAAAUAAGCCAUUUAUAAAAACAUUUAUUAAUUAAUGAAUGAAUGAUAGAAUUUGAAAAGACAUUUUAAAAUGGGAAUACGUUCCUGGAUUCACUCUUCAAUUUCCAUUUCCUCUUCCUUAGCUAAUUGAUUAGCCGAGUCAUUUAGCUUCUCCGGUUAGCCUUCAGUGCUGGUAAAACCCUUUUUUAUAUAGGUGAAGUCUACAGAUAUGACUGGUUAGCUCUCCAACCAAUCAGAGAGCUUGUAACAUCCCAUGGCCAAUCAGGAUUGUUUAUCCUGGUUUUACAUCACUGAAGACCAGAGUGUCACAGAGAGGCUAACAGGAGAUGCUAAAUGACUAAGCUAAUCGAUUAGCUUAAAGGAAAUGGAAAUUGAAGCUGGAAUCUGGGAACGUGUUCCCAUUUUUAAAAUGUCUUUUCAAGUUCUACUAUUUAUUCAUGAAUUAUUAAAUGUAUUGAUAAAUGGUUUAU